AUGCCCAAAGUAAAAGCAAAAGCAGCAAGUGUUUUAAAUAAUGUAAAAAAACGAGGUGCAGAGCAAGGGGAUUUUAUGGAUACGAUUACGGAACGUGUGCUUAUACCACAAGUAAUGCAAGAAGCAUUUGGCAGAGAAAUGUUGGCGAUGGUGCAUCGAGUUAAUUAUCAAAAACAUGUCAAAUUAGCAAACGACGUGAGAUUUUUAGCUGAUCCGAAUUCGGACUUUGCUACAUGGGAUCAGCUCGACGAUGAAUUUCUCAAUGAACUAUUAGCUAAUAACAAUAGUAGCGUGCGUGGCACGGCAAUUCUGGACGGGGUUCAUGGGUGA